AUGCUUCAUGUUAUCGUGCUCUGUAGCUCCGGUGGAGGGAUCAAUAAACUUAUCAAUCAGUUACGUUUAAGCGAGAAAAUCGAAGAAGAAAAGAGAGGGGGGCAGAAUUUUCGUGUACCGAAGUGUGCCCGGUGUCGCAAUCAUGGUGUCAUAUCCGGGUUAAGGGGCCACAAGAAGCAGUGCAGUUACCGGAACUGUCGCUGUGCAAAGUGUGAGCUGAUACUUUCUCGACAGAAAAUUAUGGCAGCACAGGUUGCACUGAAGAGACAACAAGCAGUCGAGGAUGCCAUAGCACUGCGGUUAGCGUCUACCGAAACCGGUACACAGCUGGAAGCUCUUCCACCGGGAAAAAUCUACGGCAUGACCGUUACCGAACCAUGCCCAUCGCCGUCUCCAUCCUCAUCUACGGCCUCGGUGGACAUCAUUUCGUCCACAUCCUCGGACGUACCGACAGGAUUCGAACCGACCGAAGACGUACGAUUGGGCAGAGCGAAAGACACGGCGAACGUUGCUGUCUCACAGAAUGCGCUCGAUAUGUUGGCGCAAUUGUUUCCGCACCGGAAGCGAUCCGUGCUGGAGCUCAUACUGAAGCGGUGCGAUUCGGAUCUCUUGAAGGCGAUUGAACAGUGCAGCCAGACGCAAAGUACGAGCGCCUUCAAACCACCUAUCCAAAGUACUCCCGCCAUCCCAAGUGCUCAGGCUCAACCGGCGGUACGUAACAUUGUUCAACCACCAGUCAAUCCAUCUGGCUAUUCUCCCUUUAUUGCCUACCCGAAGUGGUUGCUGCCCAUGUCCAUCCCUGUGUCCUUUAGCCACAUCGCGCCGAACCUUGCUCCUCGAUGCACUCUGCCAAAUUGUGUCAUGUGUGUUCAUCAUCCGAUGUAG